AUGGGGAAACUUCACUCCAAGCCGGCCUCCUUGAGCAAGCGCAGGGAGAGCCCGGAAGGUGACAGCUUCGCGGUGAGUGCUGCUUGGGCUCGGAAAGGCAUCGAGGAGUGGAUCGGGAGGCAGCGCUGCGCCAGCGUCAGCCCAGGACCCAGGCAGCUGCCAGCGGCAAGCACUGUAGGCAGAGGCGCCCGGGAGCUCGUGGGCGACGUUUUAAGAGAAACGCUCAGCGAGGAGGAGGAGGAGGACUUCCGCCUGGAAGUGGCCCUGCCACCCGAGAAGACGGACAGGCCAGGCAGUGCGGAUGAGAAGCGGAUGGAGAAGGCAAGCGAACCUUGUCCGGGCUCCAAGAAGCAGCUGAAGUUUGACGAGCUGCAAUGUGACGUGUCCGUGGAGGAGGAUAGUCGGCAGGAGUGGACCUUCACCUUGUACGAUUUUGACAACAAUGGCAAGGUCACCCGAGAGGACAUCACCAGUUUGCUGCACACCAUCUACGAGGUGGUCGAUUCCUCCGUCAAUCACUCUUCAACAUCAAGCAAGACUCUGCGGGUAAAGCUCACAGUGGCCCCUGAUGGAAGCCAGAGCAAGAAGAGUGCCCUUCUUAAUCCCGCUGGGGCUUCCGAUCUGCAGAGCAUGCGUCCCAGAGCAGAGAACAAGCCAACGGAAGAGCUGCAAAGUGGAGAGAAGCAGCGACAAGCCCCACUCAGGUUCCAGGGUGACAGCUGCCUGGAGCAGUCUGGCUGCUACCACCACUAUGUUGAUGAGAACAUCGAGAGGAGAAACCACUACUUAGAUCUCGCUGGGAUAGAAAACUACACGUCCCAGUUUGGGCCUGGUUCCCCUUCAGUGGCCCAGAAGUCAGAACUGCCUCCCCGCACCUCGAACCCCGUUCGCUCUUGCUCCCACCAGCCGGAGGUCAGCCAUGGCCCACACCGGAAAUCCCAAGUCACAGAGCCAGGCUCCUUCCACUGCCUGGACACCCCCUUCACCAAGGUCUCAGAGGCUCAGCAGCGGCUCCGGGGCACCCAGGAUGGGAGCAAGCACUUUGUGAGGUCCCCCAAGGCCCAAGGCAAGAGCACAGGUGUGGGCCACACAGCCAGGGGGCCCAGAAGCAAACCCCCUCUGGGGCCCACCAGCUCUUUGAUGUCACCUCCUGCUCAUCUGGCUACCAACCCGGCCCUCGUCCCCACCCUGGCACCCCUUGGGCACAAGAAGCACAAGCACCGAACCAAGGAGAGCCAGCAGGGGUGCCGAGGGGUGCAGCCCCCGCCGGGGGCCGGUGGUGUGGUGGUGGGGCGGGAGCACGUGCGGGAGCUGCCGGCCGUGGUGGUGUACGAGAGCCAGGCCGGGCACGUAGUGCAGAGACACGACCAUCACCACCAUCACGAGCACCACCACCAUUACCACCACUUCUACCAGACCUAG